UCAGUUGCUAUUCUAACGAGCUGCAGUCACCAUGUUGACGCUCUUUGUUCUCGUUUUCACCGCUGGACUUUUGCUUUAUGUUAAGCUCCGCUGGCAUUAUGGAUACUGGAGGCGCAGGGGCGUGGCUGGAGAAAAACCAGUAAUGUUCCGUGGAAAUAUGAGUGGGUUUGGCAAGGAUCUGCACUGGACGGACAUUAACAAGAGGAUCUAUGACAAGUUUCGUGGAGAAGAACGCUACUGCGGUUACUUUACCUUUGUGACCAAAGCUCUCUUUGUAAUGGAUCUGGAACUAAUCCGGAAGAUAAUGAUCAGUGAUUUUGGAAGUUUCGCAGAUCGUGGUCUUUUCCAUAAUGUGCGGGAUGAUCCGCUGACAGGGAAUCUCUUGUUUCUGGAUGGACCCGAGUGGCGCUGGUUGCGUCAGAACCUAACGCAGGUUUUUAGUUCCGGAAAAAUGAAGUACAUGUUCCCAAACAUGGUGGACGUGGGUGAGAAGUUGACAGAGGCGUGUCAACUGCAAGUCGGUGAGAUCGAGGCCAAGGAUUUGUGUGCUCGUUUUACCACGGAUGUGAUCGGAAGCUGUGCCUUCGGACUGGAGUGCAAUAGCCUCCAGGAUCCGGAGUCGGAGUUCCGACAGAUGGGCCGUUCGGUGACCUCGAAACCACUUCACUCGGUGCUCGUCCAGGCCUUUAUGUUCACCCAACCGGAUUUGGCAAGAAUGCUGCGCUUUAAGCUGUUUCGUCCGGAGAUCAGUGAGUUCUUCCUGAACACCGUACGUCAGACACUGGACUACCGAAGGAAGGAGAAUAUAAACCGCAAUGAUCUGAUUCAAAUACUCAUGGAACUGGGUGAAAAGGAAAACAAGGACGCCUUGUCCUUUGAACAGAUUGCAGCCCAGGCUUUGGUCUUCUUCCUGGCUGGAUUUGAUACCUCCUCCACCACCAUGUCCUUUUGCCUCUAUGAACUGGCCUUAAACCCUGAUAUUCAGGAGAGACUCAGAGUUGAGGUUGUGGACGUUUUGGGACGCCAUAACCAAAGGCUUACCUAUGAGUCCAUUCAGGAAAUGCCCUACUUGGAUCAAGUGGUGGACGAAACUCUACGCAAAUAUCCCAUACUCCCUCACUUAUUGAGGCGUUCCACCAAGUAUUAUCAAAUACCUGAUAGCAACUUAACUCUAGAGCCAGGAACUAAGAUAAUGAUACCUGUGCAUAGUAUUCAUCAUGAUCCGGAGCUAUAUCCAGAGCCAGAGAAGUUCGAUCCCAGUCGCUUUGAUCCGGAAAUGGUCAAGGCUCGUCAUCCAUUUGCUUAUUUGCCAUUUGGAGAAGGUCCGAGGAAUUGCAUAGGUGAAAGAUUUGGCAAGCUGCAGGUGAAAGUGGGUCUUGCCUAUAUCCUGAGGGAUUUUAAAUUUAGCAAAACGGAAAAAACACAGAUUCCUCUUAAGUUCUCCUCGCGAACUUUCCUGAUAACCACUCAAGAGGGAAUACAUCUGAGAAUGGACAGAAUUGACUCACCCUAGAAAGUAUGUACUUUUUCAGAAAGUGCAAAAUGUAUAAAGAAUGUGUUAUCUAUAAGAAAAAGCCGUUCAAGAUUGCAUUAAGCCUUAUAUUAUAUGAAAAGACACAAAGAAACGAAAAAGCUAUUUAAUCAACACUCUCCGAAACCGCUACUCUCGAAAGCUUUAUAAUCAAAACAAAAAUGAUAAUUAGAGGAAGAACAGAAAUAAUUCCAAACAAUUUUAAACCGAAGUAAAUAAUUCCCUUAUAUAUAUAAAAAAAUGUAAUUGAACAAAUUUGUAUAAUUACAUGUUG